GCCACAGUGAUCAUAUCAUUCUAUAUCUUAACAAAGUCAACAUAUUUAUAGCAGGACAUAUCCACUACGUUGCACGUCAAGCAUAAAUUUCCAUUCAUUUCUCUUCUCGUUACAUCAAUACAACCCACUGUAUCCAUCAUGACAGUCACACUACCCGCCAAUGUUGAUCAACCUCAAAAUGAUACUUUCACAUCCCUUCUCUCACAACUCAGGGAUCGAUCCCUCAAUCCCUCCAAAGUACGCAGCCUAGUGCGCGACAUGACAGCAACCAUGACAAAGAGCCUGCACAUUGACGUAUCCAAAGAUGAAACGAUAGCUAUCAUCGUGGUGCUACGCUCCGGUCUCGCCAUGUUCGAUGGUUUCGUGGACAACAUCCCUGAAGAUGUGUCGACAACCGUCUAUCACAUGGGUAUAUUCAGGGACCAGGCGUCGUUGCAGCCGGUUGAGUACUACAAUAAGUUACCCGUGAAGCCGGCGCACAUCAAGCAGGCUUAUAUUUUGGAUCCGUUGAUUGCCACGGGUGGUACAGCCGCUGCGGUUAUUAGUAUAAUGAAGGAUUGGGGAAUCGACAAGGUUACAUUUCUUUCUAUGCUGUCUAGUCCGGUUGGGUUGGGGCAUGCAGCUGCCGUGUGGCCCGAGGGUAGCCGAUUAGUUGUGGGUGCAGUUGAUCCUGACGUGGAUGCGAAGGGGUAUGUUCAGCCUGGAGUUGGGGAUAUUGGGGAUAGGCUCUAUGGAACAGCAUUUGAUUAGAACAUAUACGUAAUAGAUUUGUACAAGAACG